AUGAACAAGGCGUUCUACGACCACAUCACCCGCCUGACUCUCUCAUUCAUGACCUCUAUCGUCUUUGGUCAGCGCACUCCAAGACAUGAUUCUCCUGUGGCAGUCGCUUUCAGGAAGUACAUCGAACAGUUUUUCAGAGUGUUCUCCCCUGAAGCACCUCCCGUGGAUUUUAUUCCUGCUCUUAUGUACGUUCCAGAGAGGUGGGCGCCUUACAAAAAACUCUGGAGAGAAUCCAGAAUUAUGCAGCGGAAUCUGUAUUUUGGAUUGCUAAUUGAGGCUGAGAAGCGUAAAAAUGAAGGUUUGAAUGAGUGUUUUGUAACAAGCCUGUUGGAUCAACAGAUUGAGCUUGGAUUGGAUCGUGAAACUAUUGUUUACAUUGGCGGCGCACUAUUGGAUGGGGGAGCGGAGACGACUUCAUCAUUUCUUCAAAAUUUCGUUCUCUGCCUCGUCAAGUUUCCAGCAGUAUUACGGAAGGCGCAACUUGAGGUCGAUACUGUCGUUGGAGAAAGGAUUCCAGAUUACAAUGAUAUCAAAUCCUUGCCUUAUGUUCAAGCUAUCAUAAAAGAGACACAUCGCUUACUUCCCAUCGCACCUACAGCCAUGCCACAUGCAUCGCCCAACGAUUGUGAGUAUCGAGGAUUUGUAAUCCCGAAGUAUACCCCUGUUCUCUUCAAUGUGUUUGGUAUAUGUCGCGACCCAAAUCUAUAUGAACGCCCUGAUGAAUUUUGGCCUGAGCGAUAUAUCUUGUCACCCGAUGGGACUAAACCCGGACUUCCUGAGGAUAUGAGUCACGUUCGCACAUCAGUUCCCUUUGGAAGUGGCAAGGUAAGCUUGAACUUCAACACACGCAGUCGGAUUUUGAAUAUCCCCGGUUUUAUUGUCGGAGACAAGAAAACCAAAUCGUUCUUCCAGGGACGUCAAUUACAAUGGUUGGCAGAAAUGGCUAAAGACUAUGACGGGAUAUUUUCGCUUAAAGUCACAAACGGGACAAUCGUCGUCGUGUCGAAUAUGAAAACUUGCAAGGAACUCUUGGAUGACCGUAGUGCCGAGUUUUCCUCGCGUCCCGCGUUUGCGGGUAUGGACAUUGUGACCGGUGGCAGAUACUUCGCCACGGCUCCCGCACUGUCUCCGCAAGGAGUCCAGAUGUACCACCCUCUCGCUGACGAAGAAACAACACAAUUAUUAUACGAUAUCUUGCAUAAUCCAGAGUGUUUCUACGAUCACAUUACCCGCUCAACUCUCUCGUUCAUAACAUCCGUGGUUUUUGGACAAAGAACGCCAAAGUAUAAUUCUCCUGUUGCAGUAUCCUUUAUGAAAUAUAUGGAGGUAUUCAAGAAGGUAUUUUCCCCCGAGUCAGCUCCGGUUGACUUCAUUCCUGCCCUCUUGUACGUGCCCGAGCGUUGGGCACCAUGGAAAAAAAUGUGGAAGGAGACACGAGAAUUGCAGCAGUCUCUCUACUUUAACAUGUUUAAAGACGUAAUCCAGGGCCAAAGGAAUGGGAUGUAUGGCGACUGUUUUGUUGCAAAAGUUAUAGAACAACAGGAAGAACUUGGUUUGGAUCAAGAAACUAUGGCAUACAUCGGUGGCAUUCUGUUGGAUGGUGGAGCAGAAACAACUGCGUCAUUGAUACAGAAUCUUGUCCUCUGUGUCACUAAAUUUCCCGCUGCUUUACAGAAAGCUCAAAUGGAGAUUGAUAGCGUGGUUGGAGAAAGACUUCCAGAUUUCCGUGACAUCAAAGAUCUGCCAUAUGUUCAAGCUCUCAUCAGAGAGACCCAUCGUCUCCUUCCUACUGCCCCAACUGCAGUGCCGCAUGCGUCAGUUAAUGACUGUGAGAACUUUAUGACCGACCAGACGAAUUCUGGCCAGACAGAUACCUAUUGUCUCCUGAUGGAACGAGACCCGGACUACCUGAGAAACCUGGCCAUCAUGCGACUUCUCUGGGCAUUUGACUUUGCAGCUGCUGAUGGUUCUCUCUCGAUGACUCCACAAUUGAAUAUAGAAAAGGAACAUUGCGAUAUUCAAACCACCUUCAGGGAGUAA